AUGCACCAGCACAAUAAUCCCAACAGUCCACCCGUGUUGGAUAAUCCUCGCGGGAGAGCGGUUGUUGCAGCGGUAUCGGUUGUGUUGGUCCUUAUGGCGGUGGCGAUUUGCAUGCGACUCUGGGGGCGAUGUCGAUAUCGAGCCCCUGUGAGCCGGACCAUCUCUAAACCGCACUACGGCGAGUCGAUGUUUUGGAUCCUCAUGUCUGACAUUACCGUUGUCAUGUCAUAUCUUCUCUCCCUGACCCUGACCGUCCUCUGCUAUAUUGCCGUCCAUUGGGGUGAGGGGCUGCACAAGACCGAGUUCAGUCACACGCAGGCUCAAAAGAUUUUGCAAAUAUUCUUCGUGUACCAAGUCCUGUACAAGUUUGUUUCCGGCAUUGCCAAGAUUGCCACCCUUUUCCUGCUCCUUGCCAUAUCCAUGGCCCAGAUGAAGGUGUUUAACCGCUUUUGUAAAGGCUUCGCCGUUUAUAUUGGCUUGUACUGCAUCGUCACGUCGGUGACGAUGGUAUUUCAAUGUGGUGUACACUUUGACGCCAACUGGACAAGCAACGGAAAGGAGUAUUGCAUUGAUCUGCCCCCAUUUUGGGUUUCCCAUGCAGCCAUUAACGUGUCUGCCACGGCUGUCAUGGUCAUACUGCCCUGGUGGCUGUUUGCGAGCAUCACGUACAGACGCAAGCAUGCCAUUGCGGCAACUAUCAGUGCCUUUGCCGCUGGGUACGUUUCGUCCGUUGCUGUUGCACAGCCGCUAACCGUAACGCAGCGAGACCGCGUUGGGCAUUACGGCAACCUCACUGGCAUUGUUGUCUCCCAGCUCGAAGUCGACUUUGCCUGCAUCGCCGCGUGCAUACCGACCGUGUUGAAAAUGAUGGAGGAGUUUUGGGUAUUGUUCUGCGUACACGUAUUGGGACGGACGUCCAUGUCUUGGAAUGAGACUGGCGCACGGUCAACCGGUGCCAGUAGCAAAGCGCAUGCUACCAUGACCAGUGGUCGAAGCAAUCCUAGCGGCAGAGUAUCACUAUCCGUUGUUGGAAGCAAUCAUCGUGACCCGCACUCGUCGGAUCCCUAUGUCGAUCUUGAUACGUUUGAAAGAGGGAGCAUGCACUCGCGGGAGCGCAUUGUACGCGCAGGGCCAUCGGGGGAUGUCCACGUCCAAAGGGGACGUUCUACCAGCGUGGAUGGAAAUUCACAGAGCGGUCCAGACGACUUUCGAGAUUGGACGUGUUACUUGCGAGACCAGCGUGAUAUCAUGGGAAACGCAGAGCGAUGA